GAUAUGUAUGCAGCAUACAUGCAAAGACUUCGCACAAAAGAGAAUUCCAACUGAUGGACAGUUUCCAUAUGUAACCUUGUAGGAUCUAUUCACGGGGUAAAAUAGAAUCUGCAGGUUAUUUUUCAAGGUCAAUUGUUUCUUCAAAAGGGUCACUUGUGUGGCGGCGAUUCUCUUUACAGAACCUCUUUCCCUAAGAGGAGGGGAUACAUAUGGAGAGCGAUGAGUAUUCUGGCUGAAAUUUUCUACCUCUGAAUAACACAGGAAGCUUCUCAUUGACUAAUGUCAUGCGAAUGAUGAGUUGACUCCAUUACGGAUCUAUUGAUGAUUCUCAGCAGGUUGCGUAGAAACUGGGGUGCUGCGGCGGAGCGCAGCACACAAAUUCACAGAAACGAUUCAGCCGUACAUAUUGUAUGCAGCUACCAUACGUUUCUUCAUCUCCUUUUUAGACCAAACAGCCAACAGUAACAUUAAGGGAUCCUCACAAGUCGGUGGUGGGGGAGAGGGGGAAAGUCCCCGCUGCCGGGCUUUUCUUACAAUGCACGUAUUCCCACAUCAUGUGGUAUGAGGGGACAUCACCAGAGUCACUUUAACUUUACAACCGCCGCAGGUAUUUAUUGAAGAUGGAGAUCAUCAUCGAUGGUGGCGAAAAGCCGGGAUGGCUAGCUUUUAGGGUAGGGUGGAUGGCGCCUUUUACAUCAAUAGAGCAAAAUAUAGAUGCAUCCCUUCCUAAGUGGAGUACAUCCCCUUACCAAUCUUUCCACUCAUUUGCCUUCGAUUAUUUUUAUUCCUUUUACCACCUUUUAUGGUUGUGAGCCUUCAUUUUAUGCGUUAGGCCACUGACCAGGUCUUUAUAACACAUGUUUUCCGACCAUGAACUAUUGAUAACGGAUCAAA